AUGAGCUUCUGGGGCGACCCCGUAUUUGCCGGUUCGCAUGCGAACACCCCAAAUGUGCCAGCUUCGGAUUCUCUCUCCAACGUCAAGCAGUCUGUCGGUAAAGUCGAUCUGACAAGUGACCAGCUGAAACUCUACGAGGAAGAGCCGCCAAAGUUUACCAGCUGGGAUGGGUUCUGGGCAGAUCCGGUGUUUGCAGGCGUUGCUGGCAGACGACAACCUAUCCCUCCUGGCGAAAAGCGCGAGUUCUGGAAAUAUGAGGUAGAUGACUCCGUCUCUCUAAGCUCAUUGUUUCCAGAACUCUCUUCGUCAGCUUUUGGUUCGGUCUCGUUUCGAAAGUCUGCGAUCGAAUGGUGGUCGAAGCCUAUCGUUGAUCAGCCAGCAGGCCUCUACCUGCGGACGGAAAUCGAGCUCAAUGGUCUCCUUGACGAAGUCUUCCAUGUCUUCAGAGAAUUCCUUGGAGAUGUGGUCAAGCCCACACUGAGACUCUCAGCAUACCUUGGAGUUUCUCAAAUACCGGACGGCACAUAUGCUGCUGAUGGCUUGUCGUUCACGGGUUCACUGCUUGGGCUGCGGACUCCCAUGCCACCAGGUCUCGAGAUAGUCACCAUCCUAUCGGUGGGCAUAAAGCUCAACGUAGGGCGCACCAAUUCGACGCCGGAGAUCGAAUCACCCACAGCACCAGCAAAAUCGCAAGAUCUCAGCUGCACCAUCUUUGGGGACCUCCAUGUCAUGAUUCCGGGACUGACCGGUCCGCUGCUUCUCAAGUACAACGCUACCAGCAAUGAGGCCUUCCUUCGACUUGAUAUGAGCAUACCGGGCGAUGGCAAAUGGAGAAACCCUUUGGGCGUGGAAUCGUUGUUGUUGGAUGAAGCCAGAUUCUUGGUUCACAUUCCCUUGCAAAAGGCCGCUGGUGCCGCUAAGCCAGGGAAGGCUGGUGGCCUAGCGGCCCCGAAAUCCGAAGCGAUUCCCUCAGCACCAACCGAGGCAGAACUCGCUGCGUCUCUAUCAUUCACUGUUUCAGCAAAGUGGAAGACUUCUAGCAGUGGUACUGUGGGUUUGCAGGGUGUGGUAUACAAGCAGUAUCCAGACGCAUCGUAUAUUCAAGGCACUUUGGAAAAGGUGACAUGGAGCGACAUCGAGAAGCUUUUCUCCGACAUCCACGGGCAAGAUCUGGAACCCUCGGAUCAUGAGAUUACCUGCGAAAAGCUGACCGUCAGAAUAUCCAAGGCAGAGCUUCUACUGACUGGUGCUCUCACACUGAAUGGACGACAUUUGGCCCAAGCCACAAUUGCCAUCACCUCAGCUGGCAUUGUGGUUCGAGCUGAUGUUCAUGAGUGGCCAAUUGAGGAUGGAUACAUCACCAUCAACGACGCGUCUCUGACUCUCAUGGUCGGCUGCGGCACAAGCACCGCACAUGCUGGACAGAAGGGCAAGGAAACUUCAGCGGCGACCCAGAAGAGCUGGUAUGGCGGGCUCGAGGUGGCCGGUCGCAUCACCAUACGGGAAGGGGUCUCGAAGCCGAUCGACAUUCAAGUGACUCUUGCCGCUGGCAAACAGGACAAGGAAUGGUUUUGGGUGGUUUGUGGCGGUAUGAACUCCGACCUCUCCCUGCGAGACAUAAUCUCCUCGAUCGAGGAGAAGUCAGAGCUCGAUGUCAGAUUGAAAUCGGUAUCGCUUGUUGCUGCGAGCACGAAUGACCCCAAGUGCAGCCUGAACUCGAACGGCUAUGUCAUUAAGCAAGGAUUCUAUUUGUGGGCAACGCUGGAACAGAUUCCCUACGUCCAAACCGGAGGAGCAGUCAAGGCGCCAGCAGCUGGCGAUUCAACGCAGCUCGCGAUCGGUUGGGAGAAAGGCUCCAAAAUCCCCAAUAUCUCGAUUUUCCUGCCUCCGUCUUUGAAGAUCGAUAUAGGACCACGCUUCAGAUCCGACAGAUUCGAACUCCAGGUGGGCGGCCUGAGUCUGCGCUUUGUGGGAGGCUUUCAAGUCCGCCUCGACGAUGAAGGCGAAUGGCUCCGAUUUCAACUCGGAGCAAAUGUUAGCCCGACAGAAGUAUCUGGAGAAUUGUAA